AUGAACAUAUCCAAGGAGAAAAGUAGUAUCCGUGGUUUGGAAGCGCAAGAUGUGGGAAGAAGUCUUGAAACCAAGAAGAAGAGGAAAGAUCCACAGCAGCAUAAGUUGCAUUUUCAUAUGGAUAUGGAACUUGAGAAUGAUUGUGCUUGGAAGCCAAAACAGGGAAUGACAUUCGAUUCGGAACAAUGUGUGUAUGAUUUUUAUAAUACAUAUGGAGAAAGAAUGGGGUUUGGCAUAAGAAGGGAUUUUUGUAGAAAGAACAAGUUCACUAACCAACUUAUUUGUAGACUUUUGGUUUGCAACAAAGAGGGAUUUCAGAAGGUUGACAAACGAGACCCAUUGGCAAAAAACCCUAGAGUUGAAACUAGGACUGGUUGUGAGGCUCGACUUUAUGUUAAAUUAGAUGAGGGUACUGGGAAAUUUGUUGUGAUCGAUUUCAAAGAAAAACACAACCAUGAUCUUGUAUCACCUGAGUGUGCCCACAUGUUGCCGUCACAAAAAAAGAUAUCGACUACCCAGUUAGAUAAUGAGGAGCAAAUAACAAAUAUGUUUUGGACCGAUGCACAAAUGAUCAUGGAUUAUACCCAAUUUGGUGAUGUUGUCACAUUUGAUACUACUUACAAGUUAAACAAAAAACAUAGACCCUUUGCAUCUUUUGUGGAAUUCAACCAUCAUAGGGAAACAGUCAUAUUUGGUACAACCUUGUUGUAUGAUGAGACCACUGAAUCGUUUGUAUGGUUGUUUCAAAAUUUUCUAGAGGCUAUGUCAGGAAAGGCACCAAAAACGUUGUUCACUGAUCAAGAUGCUGCAAUGGCUAAAGCCAUACCCAUCGUUAUACCUAACACAAGUCACCGAUUGUGUACUUGGCAUUUGAUGCAAAAUGCAUUAAAACAUGUUAAUUGUUUGUUCCAAGAUAAGGGGGUAAAGGGUGUACUAAAUAAAUUCUUCUUUGACAUUGAAGAUGCAAAUCAAUGGAAGUUAGAGUGGGCGAAAAUACUUGACAAAUAUGAUGCGCAUGAAAACCAUUGGUUGAAAUUGACUUUUGCGGUGAAAGAAAAAUAG